AUGCAGCCUAAUUAACUUUAUAGAAUACAUAUUGAUGAUUAUUUCAGGGGCCACUUCCUCUAGUAUCAGUUAAUGGCUGAUAGCAGUGACAAUGAUUCUUAUGAAGAUGGAAAGAAACUUCUAGAUAAUGAAAUAAUAUCAUAUCAAGAACCUUUAAUUCUCAAGAAGCGAAUUGACUACUAGCAGACCGAGUAAGCUCCAGGGUAGUUUAUAGCUUAAUGCUUGUACUAAUACGAAAAUAAUGGAUUUGAUGACACUAUUCUCUUUCUUUAUUUAGAUGAGAAAUUACAACUUGUUGGUUACGAUAUUUCUGGCUAUUUAAAGGAAAAAGUUGGUGACUAGAUGGCUUUUAGCAUUUCUUUAUUUGAUCCUAAUCAAAUAUCUUCAUUAAAAAUGUGCUCAAAUCUCAAAUAAAUUGAUAAGUUCACUAUGGUGCUUUUCUGUCUCUCAGUAAAUCCUGGAAAGACAAUAAUGCUGCUCUUGAGUUUCUAAGAUAUCAAUAAAUAUAUUUUCAAAAAAGUAAAGUAUUAUAAAAUUCCAGUCGACUAUGACGAUUUUUAAAGAGGUCGUAUCAUAUAGUUCAAUUAUAAUGGCUUAUAAGGGAAUAAAUAUUUAACCUGUUUUAUAUUACUAACUAAUAAGUCAAGUAGCUACAUGAGGAUAUUUGAGUUAGAUCAUAAUAUUGAUAAAAUAUAUGAUUAUGGGAAGUUGGAUUAGUUUUUUAUACCUGCCGAGGACUAAGGGGUUAUCUAUAUAGCUUAAUUAUUUACUAAUCUCUAAAUUUAAGACAUCAUCUACGUCAAUGAUCUUACUGAUGAUGAUGAUGGUUACAUAAUGAUGACAGAUGCUAAAUACGGCUUUUUUAUUUUAGAUUUUUCUUGCUAUACUGAGCCCCUCUAGUGCUCUGCCAAUGCUAGAUCGGUUAUAGAAUAUUAAAAUCUCGGCAAACUUGAUCUACCAGGGAAUAAGUUAUCAAAAGAUGACCUAAGUGUCUUCGUAGCAAUUGUUCAGCCUCCAAUAAUAAGAGAAAUAAUUAUAAAAGACACCUUCAGUCCCUACUUUGGAUAAUUGUUCUCAAUUUAGACUGAUCUCGAUGUAUACAUAGGUCUAAAUAUUUUAGAUGUUGGGGAUAGAUAUAUAUUAGUUGCUAUAAUGAGGCUAAAUGAUUUCUAGCCAGCUUUGAGAGUAUUCGAUAGAUAGGAUACAUAAAGUUCAGUUGGAUUCUUAUAAUAUCAAUUGUCUGAUUCAUUCUUCAAUGACAUAUUCGUAUAAGCUAAUGAGACACUAUUUUCAUAAUAAGUCAUAUUUUUCUAUGACUGUGGAAUGUUUAAUGAUAACUUUAAAUAUUAUGAUAAUGGGACAGUAAUAGAAGAUAGUUUCCUUAUCGAGUAAAUUGACUACCUAUUUAGUGGUCCCUUUGAAGACAUGCUUAUUAGCUCUUAUCCAGAGGGUUCAGAGCCUAUAGAGUGGGUAUAACUAGUCAGAUUGGGAGACAUGUAUGAGCCUAUUAAAGACUUCAAAUUUUCUAAAAAUGUAUCAAUUAAAUACACAUCCAAGAUAUAAGCAGGCGUAAUGAUGUCAGAGUAGAUCGGAACAGAUGUAGAUUUCUAUACUUUCACUAUAGAUAAUAAUGGUGAUGAGUUUAAGUUCACUCUUCUUGCAGAGCUUAGACUAAAUUUAAGUCCAUAGGUCACAAUAUUUGAUAUGCGAGUUUCGUUAGAUGCAAAACUCUGGAUAUUGUGCAGUAACAACACAUUGCUAUAAUAUAUCCAUGCUGACCCUACUGAUGAUACUGUUCUUAAAUACCAAUUGAAAAGAAUCAAUAUAAUUAAUCUUAAAGAUGAGUUAAAAAAUCUAGAAUCAGACGCAAUUCAGUUUGACUUCCUCCAAGAUUACUUAGUUGUAUUUACUGCCAGAAAUUUGAUUGCAGUUCUCACUUUGAGAGAUGGAAUUAACAAGAUUGAUAGUCAAUACACACUUAUGCUAUCUUAUGAAAAUCCACAAGAUGCAAGAGAAAAUUAUGAAUUUAUUAGGUGCAAAAAAGGAAGAAUUUAGUAUGAUGUGCAUAAACAGUUCUUGUUGAUUUUGUAUAGAAAUAUCUCAGAUGACAGUGUAGUCUUUAAUUUCUACAAUCUACAAACAUAUAGACAUAACACACUUUACUUGAGAGAGACAAUAAUCAGAAAAUUCGACUUUGAAAAUGAUUUUAUUCAAAUUUAGCACAUUGAUUUGUCAUUAUCAUUGCUUAGACUAAUUAUUCUGACUUCAAACUAUUCCUUUUAAGCUAAUCUUGAGAUCAUCUAUUCAUUCAAGAUUUCAUCCACCAAUGCUAUAGUUCUGGAUGAGAGAUGCAAAAACCAUCCUGAUGGGGGAUUUGAACUUAAUUAUACUCUUUACCCAAGUACAAAUAAAAAUCAGAAUUUAUCGACGACAGUUUUUAUUAAAAAUAAUGGGUUGCUAAUCACAAGUCAAAAUGGUAAGGUCCUAAACUAUACAAUAUAUAUGCUGGAAUCACCGAUUGUCUAUGAAAAAUACAAACUUGAUGGCCAGCUUAACAUUAAUGAAAUCUUCUAAGGGUUUAACAUGUGGUACUAUGUGUCCUAUAUCAAGGACGAUAUGGAUUAAAUCGAUCAUUCUAAGAAUGUCUCCAAUCAAUUAAUUGUUGAAAACCUCAUAACAGUUGAUGACUCAUCUCCGAUGGAUUUUCUAUCGAAUUCCAAUCAGGCAUUAGAACUAUUUAAUAUUGGAGAAUUUAUUGUGUUGAUAGACUCAAUUGGGUUUAUUUUUGUGACCAAAUAGAUAUAAGCUGAUAUAUACGAGAGAUAAGUUUCAAAAGAUAUACUUGGCUGCACUCCUAUGGGAUUCAUAUACUACGAAAAUAAUAUAUUGAUAUACCAGUGCUAGCCUGACCCAUAUGAUCAUGAGUCGCUAAAAUAUGGGGCUUCUCUGAUAUAUACUGAUCUGCCUGAUGAUUAGGAUAAGGGUGCUUACUACAGCUUUUUUGAUGGAGCACUGUAUGUUAAGUAUUCAUUUAAUCAGUGCUAAAUCUACAUCGACAUUAAAGCAGUAGCUAUUUUUAAAAUCUCUGAGUAUAGUUACUAUAUUGCCUUAGUAUUUGAUAUCCCCAAUCAAAUACUGGAGUCUAAUAUUUAGUUCAAUAAUGUGACAUUUAACAAUACUAAUUUUACCACAUACGCGUAUAACUUUAAUGAUGCAUUGUAUUCUUAAAAGUUUGGGUUAGAUUAAAUGAAGAUAACCUGUGUUUAAACCAUUCAAGGCAAUGAUAUAAUGUUAAUAGGUGUUAAAAAUUAUGGUAUACUUAUCUAUGACAUUUUCAGGAAAGUGCUCUUGAAGUCUAUUAAUCUCAGACCAUUGAUAGGCAUUUAAGAUUAUUAAGUGCUUGCUAUUAUUCAAGAAAAUGUAGACAACUACUAUUUUGUUAUGGAUGUUUUUGGGGUCAUGUCCUUGAAAAUUUAUGAUUAUGAAUAGUUUAAGAAUGAGAGUGCCACUAACCUUGGAUUUAAUUUAGUUGGAUAUUAUAACUAUGUUGAAGGUGAAAUAUUUACUGGAAAUCUAAUAGCCUAAGAUAAUCGAGGCUUUGCUUUUGUAACUUAAAUUAUUUCUAAUCUCAAUUCAAUUUAUAAGACUUAAAUUAUUUAGAUAAUGAGGUAUUUUAGCUUUGAUAACGCAGAUAAGAGUAAAUUUCUGGGAACAAGAGUAGUAAAAGAUGGUUUACAGUGCAACAAGUUGAGAAAUUUUCCAAUUAAGUAUUCAUAGACACAUUUUACAUACUAAUUGCCACACGAUAACUAUGUGUUCUAUGGCCUAUUAUGCCAAACUGAUUUGUAUUUUUACCUGUUUUCCUGGACCUACUCAAUGUUUUAUGUCCAUAAUGAAGAUCUUUUUGAUGGAAUAGAGUCUACUCAUAAAUUUAGAUUGACUUCGUAUAAUGAUUAUGAUAAAGAGUAUGCAGUACUCUCACUUAGAGUAAUUAAAAACUAUCUAAAUAUACCCUCAGUAUUCUAUUACUUAUUCGCAAUUCUUAUACUGAUUGUGCUUUUUGGUCUUAUUUAAAUUCUAUUGCAAAACAAGGGAUUGCUUGCUGUUGAUAGGAAAACCUUAAGAAUGGUUAAAUUCAGUGAAUCCCAAGAUGAAUACACUAGAUUUGGGGAUUCAGUUUCCAAGCGAUCUUGGUUCUUUCCUUCUAGUUAUUUCAAAAACAAAAAAGGCAAUAAAGUAAAUAAUAGAAAAGCCUCGACACUGUGA